CUGUGAUCGAAAACUUUUACGAGGCUCUGCAUCCGGUACUCACCUGAGCCGCAAGCCAUCGUGAUACCGCAACGUCAUGGGCAUUACUUCCUAACCAUUGGCGACCGUGGGGCUCCAACGGCAACACAACGCACAUGGGGCAGAAAACUGAAAAAGAAGAUGACGUCCAAGAUGGGGCGGGCGUCUGGCGGCCGGCCGUCCAAGUUCAACGUCCGGGUUUGGAUAUAAAACUCCCUGUUGCCUUCUUUCGCCCGCCGAACUAACGCCUCUUACCGGAACAUACCAACAACGACUCCGAUCCCCAGCCGAGACACAUAUCAUCAUGGACAGCCGACAGACCCAUCCCAUCGUCAGCGAGCACGACAAAGUUGCGCCGCAUCACCAUGCUCAACCUCACAACGGCGUCGCAACGGUUACAGAACCCCAUCACAAUCGUCUCGCCCUUAUUGUCGCCAUCAUCACCACAAUCUUCAUUGGCCCCUUUGCCGUUCUCCUACUUUGCUUCUGGUACAACCGGUAUACCCGGUCACCCGUACUCUUGGGAAUGGGGGGAGUGUCUGUCGUCCAGGCGAUCGUCACAUUAGUGGCCGGAAUUGUCGUUCGGAAGAGCUGCCUGGAUAGCACGAACAACGGCACCACCACUGCUUGCGAUGCCGGUUACGGCUUCCAUCACCGCACGGAUGAGACCCUCAAGUUCGAUUGCGCUACCGAUUGCGAUACCAUCCUGAAGGCGUGUGGUGGCGCCGCCGCUGUUUUCUUGUUUUUCGGAAUCCUCUGGCUCACCAUUGGAUCGGUCGGCAUGCACAAGCUGCACAAGUUCGCGGGCCGGCGGCAAGCACCCGCAAACCUCUAAAUCCUCCAUACAGAGGUUUUUGAGGGAAACCUUAUGUAUAUUAUAUACCGUGGAGCUCGGCGUAAUGUAGCGGCCGACGUCGUAAUUAGUUUUUGACGUCGUAAUGAGCCCUGGCCCCUGUGGGCUUGAGUGGUUUUCCUCCAUUUUUGCAAAUAAAUACUGUGGCAGUCUCAUGUAUAACCUCA